AUGCGUGAACUGGAACACGACAAUCUCAAUCGCUUUAUUGGCCUGUGCUUGGAUGGUCCCCAGCUAUUGUCGGUCUGGAAGUUUUGCUCAAGGGGAAGCCUCAAUGACGUCAUUCUGAAGGGCUCGCUAACAAUGGAUAGCUUCUUCAUAUUCUCACUAUUGAAGGAUAUAGCAAAUGGGCUGUCUUUCAUACACAGAUCCUUUCUACACUGUCACGGAUUUCUAACUUCACUAUGUUGUCUGGUAGAUGAUCGCUGGCAGGUGAAGAUAUCAAAUUAUGGUCUCGCGACUAUAAGGGUCCUCGAUAAAAGGAGUGCUAAGGAUCUGCUUUGGACGGCGCCUGAACUGCUACGAAAAUCUGAUUCACAAGCCACGUCAGAAAGCGAUAUCUACAGCUUUGGUAUCAUAUGCGCUCAACUUGUCACACGAACAUCGCCUUGGGAUCUAAAUAAUCGAAAGGAGGAUGCGGAAGAGAUUAUUUACAUGGUCAAAAAAGGUGGACAUAUGCCCGCACGUCCACAUUUGAUAGUGGACUCUGAUGCUGAGAUCAAUCCUGCACUGGUGAGUAGCAACUUUUCUGGAAAUUAAAG